AUGGCGACCUACCAGCCUCGAGGCCAGAUGAAUGGGUCGAACUCAAGCUUUGGGUCUAUCAACUCCAAUUCACACUCAAACAGGUUUACUUCAAGCUCUGCCACGUCGAAUUUCAGCUAUGCAGAACAACAGGGCUUAUUCCCUCCGCCGCUACCUCAAACAUUCUCUCCUCCUCCGAUCGAGGCUCCACAACCCACACAGAACAUCAUGAAUCAGCGAGCUGGUGCCGACAGCUCGCUGUACCAGAUUUGCGUUAAUUUAAAGAAAAGGUUGUCGGAUGUUCCGAAUUUUCAGGAGCACAUUCAGGAAAUGAACGAUGAAGAGGCAGAAGAUGGCGACUACAUAGAUCCAGUCACAGCGAUGUGGAACUGCUUAAGAAGGGGUUUUCCACUGAUGACAGUCUUCAACGCUCUCAAACCGGCGGAGUACUUGCGCGUAGAUUCUUCUCGAUAUCCAGAAUCUAAAAUUGGGAAAGCUGCAACGUUCAAAUUCCUGCAGGCCUGCUUGAAUGAACUCAAAUAUACUCCACCCGAAGUUUUCCUUAUCACUGAUCUUUAUGGCGAAGAUACUACUGGUUUCGUAAAGGUCACAAAGUGUGUCAACAAGGUCUUGGAUCUUGUUCAAAGGCGAGGGCUACUCUUGGAGCGUGUGCAUUCUGUAACAGAAUUAGAAGACGAUGUGCCUCGAGCAAAGACGCAUCGCCAAAAGAUUGUCGAGGAGAUUGUCAAGACUGAACGCGACUACGUCCAGCACCUGGAGACCUUACAGCAAUUCAAGAACGAGGUGGAGCAAAGUUCAACCAUCGCUGGUGAUGCAGCACACGACAUUUUCCUUAACCUGAAUGCUCUCCUUGAUUUCCAACGGCGAUUUCUCAUUCGGAUCGAGCAACAAAAUUGCUUACCAGAAGUUCAGCAAGACUGGGGCAAAUUGUUCUACCAUUACAAAGACUCUUUUCGAGUGUAUGAGCCCUUCAUUGCCAACCAAACUCGUUGCCAGGAGGCCAUUGAGAAGCAGUGGGAUAAAUUUUCUCACGCUCCACUGUCACCGGAUAUCAAAGGACUGGUCGACAAUCAAACAACCCUUCUAAGCUUUUUAUUGAAGCCUUUUCAAAGACUCUGCAGAUAUCCUUUACUUCUGGAGCAGCUCCGUGACAAGGGUGGGCUUGAAGAGACACGUUGCAGGAAUCUUGACGAUGGGAUUAGUGCAGCAACUUCGAUCUUAAAUCGUGCUAACGAAGCAGUGAGCAGAGAGCAGCGAUUAGAUGCGGUGCGCGACCUACAGGAGCGUGUGGAUGAUUGGAAGGGCCAUCGAAUCGACCAUUUUGGUGAUCUAUUGCUUUAUGGCGCCUACACCGUGGUCAAGGGCGAAGGAAGUAAAGAGGUGGAACGCGAGUACAAGGUCUACCUCUUCGAGAAAAUACUUCUUUGCUGCAAAGAGUUCAAUCUGAGUAAACAAAAGAACAAGAUGCUCGGCAAUAGCAAGACACUGGUCGACAAGAGGGGAAAGCCAAAACUCCAGCUUAAAGGUCGCAUCUUUAUGCAGAACGUAACGGACGUCUUGACCAUAUCCAAAGCGGAUAAAGGUUCUUACACUAUUCAGAUCUUCUGGAAGGGCGAUCCUGGCGUUGAAAACUUUGUUAUACGUUUCCUAGAUGACAAAACCAUGAAAGACUGGCAAGAGAGCAUCCGCAAACAGAAAGAUGCUCUGAGCGAUACUUCAAGAAGAUCGCGCGAAAAUGGCCCGUCUUCAACGUCUUUCAGGUGGCAAGACGACCAGCCUAAGCCAGAAAACCCCUAUCGCGAAGAAGAUGGGGAUGAAGAUGACCAUAGUAGCCAAGCGACCCUUGUUCAGUCCAGAUCAGGAAUUUCAAGCAGCCGCAACGCAUCAAAUACAAGUCUGCGCUCGAUGGGCACACUGCAAGGAUUCAAUCGCACUGGACAUCCUAGAUUCACUCCUGAGCAGGGCAGCAGUCAUCACAAUCCACCACUCAGUGUUAAUACAAAUGUCGCGCCGAACGCUCCCUCCCCGGGAGACUUUGGGGGUCAAUCUUAUUUCUCACCUUCAAAUGACUCUCCGAAUUCACAGCGAUCAAGCUCACAAGCUAGCAUGUAUGGUUUUCCAAGGCAGCCUGCGCCUCCGGCUGGCUGGUCGUAUGAGAACGGCAAGCACAGGACUGCACCUGCUAUGCCUCGAGCACCGUCUCGAGAGGGUUCUGCUCGUCCUUCCAUACCCGGCUUAGGGCCUCAGCAUGCACAAGCACAAAUAGCGCAAUCUCAAAGUCGUCUACGUUCCGCUAGUACGCCGGAUAUCAAUGGCCCAGGAUCAAGGCGGGCACCGAAUGCACAAUUGCAACCCCCACCUGAGUAUGGUCCUGUGCCGCCCAUACCGAACAAUAUUCGAAUGCCAGUCAAUCGCAGUCAGACUGCCUCGCCGCUUGAUGCACAUCUGGCAAUUAGAAGUGUUGGGCAUUCCCCCGCGACACCACAAGGGAUGUACGACAAUCAGAGCCAGCGCUCGCAUCGGCGCUUAGAAAACGAACCCUCUGCCCCAGUCAUACAUGAACCUGCAAACCCUCCAACCUCACACCCUGGACUCGGUUCGGGUCGCGAAAGUCUCUAUCCUACACAGCUGAAAGUCAAGGUCCUUUUUGACCCGCCGCCUAGCCACAUUACCAUAGUUGUACCAAUCACCAUCAAAUACCGCACACUUGUCGACCGCAUCGAUUCUAAAAUGGCCCGAGUUUCAUCAGCGUCGAUUGCCAAGGGGACGGCUCGGUUAAGAUACAAAGAUCAGGAAGAGGAUCUUGUGGCUAUCAAUUAUGACGAGGAUGUAGGGGAAGCAAUUGAGGAGUGGGGUGCUAUCCAUGAACACAGACUGCGUCAAGGCAUCACCGACGACUUCGAGCUAUUUUGGCAAGAAAAGUGA